UCUUCUCCAUCAUUCCUAGACCACUCGGCCCUCGACCUCGUUCGAACGCGAUCGCGGGGACGACGACGACGACGACGACGACGACGAGGAGAGAGGACGAGGAGCAGGAAAAGGAGAAGAGGAUGACGAAGCUGCGGCACGCGAUGGUGUGCUCGUCGAACCAGAACCGGAGCAUGGAGGCGCACUCGCUGCUGAAGCGGCACGGGCUCGACGUGAGCUCGUACGGGACGGGCGCCCACGUGAAGCUCCCCGGCCCCUCCCUCCGCGAGCCCAACGUCUACGACUUCGGCACCCCCUACAAGUUCAUGUACGACGACCUCCGCCGCAAAGACCCCGACCUGUACAAGCGCAACGGGAUCUUGCCCAUGCUGAAGAGGAACUCCAGCGUGAAAACGGCGCCGCAGCGGUGGCAGGAGAAUGCGGCCGAUGGGUGCUUCGAUGUCGUCUUCACCUUCGAGGAGAAGGUCUUCGACAUGGUCAUCGAAGAUCUAAAUAACCGUGAGCAAACAUUGAUGAAAAGUGUGUUGAUAAUUAAUUUGGAUGUCAAAGAUAACCAUGAAGAAGCUGCUGUCGGAGCUAAGCUUGCUUUGGACUUAUGCCAGGAGCUCGAAGCAGUGGAUUGCUGGGAGGAUGCUAUUGACGACAUAGUUGCAGCAUUUGAGAAGCAACACAAGCGGAAGCUCUUAUACAGCAUUUCCUUCUAUUAAAUUCUCAUGUGCCAUUGAAUUUGAUUCUUGUUAGCUUAACGCCACUAUUGUUGACACAGACCCUGUAGCAUAUACUGAUGAUUUUGACUCAAACCCUGUAUCAUAUUCUGGCGAUUUGUAUCCGUGUCGCAUACUGCAAUUUUAUGAUGAGUUUUGUAAUAUGUUUUGAGCAAUGCUACCUAUGCACGAAUGCUAUAGGUGUAAAUCUUACCCUCUACUCUCUUCAUGGUUAGGA